UGGAGAUGAGAGUGUCUGGAAGUGCCAUGGAUCAGGUUCAUUGUUUGCAGUUUCUGUUUUACUGGGCUUUAGUUGGCUUACCUCAAGGUAAUUCAGCUGUUGAACAUGUUCCUGUGCUGAUGUGGUCAAACUUCAGCUCCUUAAGGAAUAUGAAAAGUGCAACAUAUGAAGGUCAAAUCAUUAAAAUCCAUGAGCUGCAAACCUUCUUGAAACCGAUUUUUAAACAGGAUUCUCAGAAUAUCAUUCUCUUUUUACAGAAUGAGCUUAGUGUCGAAGACUUCACAUGUUAUGGUCCUGAUUAUGGAAACAAAGAAAUAUUUUACAAUAUCCAGCAAUUACUUGAAUCCUCAAACUCAUCCCUGAUUCUGCCAGCGGUUGAUCAGAGCGCCAUAAAACAUCUGCAGGAAAAUCAAAAUUGGACCAAAGCUCAAAUUGACCAACUUGACGUGUCAGAACUGGAAAUAAAUCCUUCAAAACCAAAUUUAAUCAUCAUAAAUUUAGCAGCAGUUGACAGCUCAACUGAUUCAAAACUGGCACAGACACUCAUGGAUAAUGAUAAAGUGAUUGGAAUGGUAAUCAAUACUUUGAGAAAGAAAGGACUACCAUUUUCUGGCAUUUAUACAGCUUUGAGAUCUAACGUGGUUAUCAGAAAGACUAGCAAUGAAGUUGUUCAAACUGGACGGCGAUUAAUGACCACAGAUUCAUUUAGCUCUGUUCUGUACCCACCCCUGAAUGUAACAAAUGGUACAAAUACAUGCAUUCUUUUCCAUGCUACCAGUCUGCAACUAACAGCCAAUGGAACAUUGUUCGACUUGACCAAUAAAACUUUCAUAUCCAAUUCAGUGGACUCCACAAACUCGAUAUGUUCAACCACUAAUAGCACAUUAUCACUAAAGUAUUCACUUCAAAAAAAUCCUCUCCUCUGCAUUAAUACUCUGGAGAUCAGGUUUUUAAUGAGGAACAAGUUCUAUCCUGGAUCUGCACGAAACUGGUUCAAAUUAGAUUUUGUUGAAAUUGUGCAGGAUGAGCUGCAUGUCGCAGUGUUUAAUGUGUCUGGUGUAUCAGCACCACAGGAAUAUUCCUUUCACUGUCAGCUUGUAGGAACCAGCUGGCUUAACGGUGUGACAUUCAUCCCUGCUAACAAGGCAGCUAAGGCUUGGACUAUCACCAUUUCUGAAUUUCAGAUUCAGGGUUUCAACGUGGAAAAUAACCUAUUUUCUUAUGCAGUUGACUGUACCGCAUUCUUCACUCAUGCAAUCUGGAUGGCCCUGGUGACAUCUCUGGUUCUUUUGUGCAUCCUUACCUAUGGCAUCCAUAUGAUCAUGCAGCUAACAACUAAUGAUCGCUUUGAUGAUCCUAAAGGACAAGCUCUAACAGUCCCUCAGACUGACUAAGUUCGUUCAUUGAGCUGAAUCUGUUUCAUCUCCUUUACUCAUUAUUUUCAUUACCUGAAUCAAAUCUACAUGGCAGAUUUUACAGAUUUUACCCUUCACAGUGUGAUGAAGUUCAUUAUAAUAUUCACGUACUGGACCUUUAAAACUCAUACUGAUUAUAUAUUUACACCACAUUUCAUGAAAGCCUGGAGGGUGCAGUGACCUGGGAAGACACCAUACAAAUUGUUCAUUUGUGACAGUUUUCAAACUAUGAAAGAGUAAAAAUAAAAACAGCCAUAAAAAUGCUCACCAGGUGUAGGACCUUCUGAUAGACAAUUUGAAUACGAGAAAGUAGGGAGAUGAUGGGGCAUUAAAAUAUAUGAACAAAGGCAAAUGAAAUGUAUAUGUUUGAAACUAAUUUAGGCCUACCAUGUAAAUAACAGUCAGAUGUCACAUCUUGUUCCAUUAGUAAACAAGAGAUUGAGGUGACAAAUUCAAAACUUAAGCUAAACAGCUAAACUGAGCACUCCAAACUGUAACAAUAAUGGGUUAUUUUGGAGAAAGCACUGGUUAUUGAGCAUUUUUUGACAGAAGUUAAAUUGACUUACAUUUAAACUUACCAUGAUAAUGUUAUGAAGGUGGCCCAACUUCAGUGCGAAACUUAUACUUAAGUAAAAUAUUUCAUUUCAAAAAUUACAAAUACAGAUUGGAAGUAGAUUGACUCAUUUAAUAAAUUGAAGUGGAGUCAUAAAUAAGUUAUCCACAUGCUCAGUUAUUAUUGAUUUAAAUUGUAUUAGCAGACGCACUGUCUAUCUGAGCUUCAGCUCUGAUGAAAAGUCAUCUAGGCUCAUAGCAUUAGCUUGGUCUCUCUCUCUCCAUGGAUGCUGUCUGACCCGCUGUCAUCUCCAGCUUAUGUUGUUUUCAGCACAGUCUUUCUGAUAUGGCUUCCCCCCACCACCACUGAGAUUUGUAUUCAUGUCUGCAACAGCUAAAAUUAAAAUGUCAAUCCACAAAGGUAUAAAGUUAUUUGGAUGUUUGCAGGUGAAAUACGUUAACAACAGAUGAAAUUUAACUGCCAAACAUAACUCAAUGUAUAAUUACUGUGGGCAGGUGACACAGAAAAUUGUCAACAACAUGAAAAUCAGUGAAGCAGAUUGCAAGAGGUAAACAUUUGCUGCUGCGGUAAGAUGUGUUCUCCCACAUUUAGUGAUGAAUGAUUGGUUGAAGUAACUGAAAUUUUACAUUGUGUUACUGAGCCAAGGUAAAAUGAUGUUUUCUCCAAAGCUCUUGUCAUUUUGGCAAGCGUUCUUUAAAAAGUAUUUAACCCUGUUCAAACCAUCUAUUUUGUUUCCAAUAUUCUCAUUAACUUAGCAAGUAUUCCUUAUGUAUGCAGCUUGGCCACAUCAAGUUGUUUUCAUCUUUGUGAAAAUGAGACUGUCAUGUCCCUAAAACAUUUAUGCAAAUUUAAAUUUUGAUGAUCUAUUUAAAUAAAUGCAAUUUAAAGCAAUUAUUGUUAAGUAUUGGGAUGGAAUUCUGUCCAAACAUAAAUGACUUUAUUUUAACAAAUUUUCAGAUCAUUUACAGUUUUUAAAAUGAUAGUGCAGACUUAGUUAGAACACUGCAUGGGAAAAUUCUCUUUCUUUAAUUUUGUACAGGAAGAGCAGCAUUAUUGGCUGAACUUACUGCAAUACCAAAUUGCAAAUGAGCAUUAUAUUGUAUGUCAAACUAAACUGUUACAAAUUUGAAUUGGAGAAGGUCAUUGACAUGAAAAGGGAAUACAGAGCUACUGAGGCCACUUCUCAGCACUUCUGAAUCAGAAAUGGAUUGUUUGUCAGUUUGUUUUCUCUCUAGUAGUGAAGUUGGCUCAGUAGCACAUGGUUGACAGGAUGCAAACAUAUUUAUGUUCCAAUUUGUCAAACUGACUGCAAAAUUAAGUACAGAAUAUUUUCAACUCUACUUUUUUAAGUCAUCAAUGAUCAAUCUAAUGUAGGGGUUAGCAACUCUGCAUUUUUGAUUCAUCAUGAAAUUUGCGUCACUGGGGAAUGGAGCUAACACGAUAAAAGAUGGUGUUUGUUUUACUAAUCUUUUAUAAAUGUAAGGCAUAUAUAAUAUAGCCUUAAUUCCUAGACUAUGUGGUCACUGCACAAAUCUGAAGAAAAUAUUGGGCCGUACUAAGUUUCACUAUAUAGACAGUGGUCUGUUUUUCUCUGCAGACAAGUUUGAAAUAGAGUUGUCCCUCCAGAUUCUUUUUGCAGUCUAUCGUUAUUUGUGGAAGUAAUAAACUGGGGGUCGUGUCUCUGUCCUGAAAAAGGACUGGGCUGCAAGAGUCUGCUAAUUAUCAAUGCUUGUUAACCUCAUGUACGAUAGUUUUGUAGGAUAAUUCAAAUUUGUGGUGAUGGAAGCAGAUGCUGGAACAUACUGGGAA